AUGUUUUUAAAUGGCUUUAAAAGUACAAGUAACCUUAAAAUAGUAUACUCCCAGUAUACCCCAUUAAAUUUAAUUUUUCCUACUGAAUUGGAAAGUAGGCCAGAAUUUAACGAAUUUAAAGAAUGGUUGCAUACGUUUGAACUAUAUCGAGGAAAGAAAACUGGAGAAGAUGCUGAAGAUGACAGCAGAGUUGUAGGUUAUUUUAAGGGAGCUAUAAAAGUCUAUAAAUGGCCUUUGCCCAAAGAUAUAGAGGACAAAACGAUAAUGGGAUUUGAUCCCCAAUUUGGAUUGUUCCAAGGAUUGCCUUCAAACGAUCCGAUACGCGUAUUAGUACGAGUGUAUAUAGUGAAAGCUAACGAUCUACAUCCGAUGGAUUUAAAUGGCAAAGCAGAUCCGUAUGUUGUGCUACAACUAGGAUCUAAGAGAAUAAGUGAUAAGGAAAACUAUAUUUCGAAGCAGUUAAAUCCUGUUUUUGGAAAAUGUUUCGAGAUAGAAGCCACUUUUCCACAAGAUUCUCUACUGAUAGUUCAGAUCUAUGAUUGGGAUUUGGUUGGCUCAGAUGAUAUGGUCGGAGAGACAAAAAUUGAUUUAGAAAAUCGGUUUUACAGUAGAUACAGAGCCAGUUGUGGAUUACCAGAAGUAUAUGAAGAAGAAGGUUACAAUGCUUGGAGAGAUGCAAUGAAACCCACUCAAAUUUUGGCCAAGCUGUGUAAAGAUGCAAAAGUUGAUGCUCCCAUAUAUGCUGAUGGCUUAGUUAAGGUUGGAAAGCAAUUAUUUUUUAUACAAAAUGAUGACAUCGAUUUUUAUAAAACGAAAGAUGCUGAGGAACACAUGGCGUUGGCCAUUUUGCAUAGGUGGUACGAGUUUCCAAAAAUUGGAUGCCCUUUGGUACCCGAACAUGUGGAAACGAGACCAUUAUAUAACCCAGACAAACCUGGAAUAGAACAAGGAAAAUUAGAAAUGUGGGUAGAUAUGUUUCCCAUGGAUAUGCCCCUUCCUGGACCGCCAAUAGAUAUUUCACCAAGAAAACCCAAAAGUUAUGAAUUGCGUGUAAUCAUUUGGAACACAGACGAUGUUGUUCUAGAAGACGAUGCCUUUUUUACUGGAGAAAAAAUGUCUGAUAUAUAUGUUAAAGGGUGGUUAAAGGGCCCAGAAGACUGCCAAUGUACAGAUAUUCAUUACCGUUCUUUAACUGGCGAGGGUAAUUUUAACUGGAGAUUUAUCUAUCCAUUUGACUAUCUAGUAGCAGAACAAAAAAUUGUAAUAUCACGGAAGGAAUCGCUUUUCUCUUGGGACGAGACUGAAUGUAAAAUUCCGGCAAGACUAGAGUUACAAGUAUGGGAUGCGGAUCAUUUUUCAGCUGAUGAUUUUCUAGGGGCAAUAACAAUAGAUCUUAAUAGGUUUCCUCGUGGCGCAAAGUCUUCUAAACUCUGUACAUUGGAUAUGCUAAAAUCCGAUGGAUCUGUUCCUAUGGUCAGCAUUUUUAAACAAAAACGAGUGAAAGGUUGGUGGCCAUUUUUUGUUAAAAAGGACAAUGAAGAGAUGGAAUUGACGGGAAAAGUUGAAGCUGAAUUUCAUUUGUUAAGUAAAGAUGAAGCAGAAAAAGCGCCAGCUGGUUAUGGAAGGAAUGAACCUGAUCCAUUAGAGAAACCUAAUCGUCCAGAUUCAUCUUUCAUGUGGUUUAUGAAUCCGUUAAAAUCAAUUCGAUACAUUAUUUGGCACAACUACAAAUGGACUAUUCUCAAAUUGUUUAUAAUAAUAGCAGUAGCAUUAAUUAUAUUGUUAUUCUUCUAUUCAAUACCUGGUUACACUGUUAAGAAAAUGAUAGGAGCUUAA